UUCGCCCUUGCCGUAGUCAUGUUGGCUCUUGCCGUUGUUGGUGUACACUCAUCACUUCUCUCGGCGCAAAUUUCACCUGGCGUAUCGUAUGUGACACCAGCACUGGGUUCUUUACUCGGCCCAGGUGCGUUGGGUCUCGGCCCUUGGGGUGCGCCAGCUGCCAUUAAUGUCUUGGGUGUUCCCGGUUUGUUGGGUGGUGUGCCCGGUCUAUUGGGUGGCAUUCCCGGCAUCUCGCUCAGCAAAGGCAACUUGGGCGCUGGCAUUGCUGCACCUCUUGCUUCUCCUCUUGCCUUGGGUCUCGGUGCUGGUGUUUACGUGGCGAAGACACGCGGGGCUAUCCAUACCGCCCCAUUGGCUGGACAUAUUAACUCAGCGACUUCACUGAAUGUGGCUCCCGCUCCUGGCACGUGGUAAGCAUCUCAGACGGCAUUAUCUCAUCACCACACAAAGAUUACAAUGAUUCUGCGCAAUUCGACAACGCUGAUGCCAAACGAAGGAUGAAACUGUACUAAUAAUAUAGUCUUGCUCCUUUUUAUUUGCAUUCCCAUCUAUGUAAACCCUUAUCCUCUACCGCAACCCAUACCUGUCCCGCUAAAUGUAUUGUUAAUAGCAUAUCUAUGAUUUUUGUAUUAAAUAAUAUACUUUAUUCAAUGCAUUGUACUAUGUGUGUGUACUAUAUAUAUCUAUGUAUAUAUUUCAUAUUAUUUACUAACUUACUUAUCAGUUAAGACUAUAAUUGGCAUCCUAAGGAGUCCAUAUUAAAAUAUAAAAAGACAAAUCCACACCAACAACUUCAGCCAUGGCAUUUGCAACAACAACCAUAUUUAUAUGAACUAUUGCUGACCACUCUAGUUUCGUACAUACAACUUUGAGAACUUUCCACUGAUUUGCCUAUAUCAGUGACUAUCUUCACUGAACAAAUUUCGGCGUCAGUUAUCCCACCACCGCCUAUUUACUUUUCUUUUCUUACACACAGUCAUGUUGGUCCGAAAAGGAUCAGAAAAAUUAAUAAGAAAACAAAAUAAUUUUUGAUAACACUCUUUCUUGAUUUCUUUCAUGUCUAUAAGUAAUAUAAAAUUAAUUU